GAGUAUAUUUUGAAUAUUAUUUUGAGUAUGUAUAUUGUAACGUGGUGACACGAGUGCCCCCCCGUUACAAUCGCCACGAUCCCUUGGCUUUAACCUGCCACGCGCCUAUCCCUGUAGCACCCUCUUCGCUAACCCUGUUUCCUUGUCCACCCGCUGGUAUCGGGCCGAUAGGGGCAAAGACAGGACACCAAGCAAUGGCGCUGCCACCACCGAAAAGGAAAACCGGUCCCGAGGCCAACGACGUCCCGUGACAGCGAGAAGUCGCUCAACCACACCACUAAAACAAUGCCGUGGGGCCAUCUAUACGUCGAGCCAGAGGACCCUAAGCCAGCAGACAGCAUUGCCAAGCCUCCGUCAGCCCUAUCGAUCCCGUUCACCGACCAAUCCCCGGUCGAUCCCGAUCACAGGCCAAUUCCCGAUCGAUAUUGAUCCCUAGCCCAAUUAGCCUCUGACUCGGAAGACGACCUAAUCCCCGAAUUGUAUCCCCUCCCCAAAAUUCCGUGCGACGGGCUCGCCGUCGCUGCGACAAUGACGGGCCGACACUUGGAUUUUGGGCAGGAAACGAAAGUUUUGAGAUUUUGUAAAGAUUUUCUGAAGUGUGUGUGCGAGCAGUGUUUCGGCAUAUUGAACCCCGAAUUUCUGUUUGAACCCGGAGUUUGAAUCGGUUAAUUCGGCUCAUGGAUCACGCGCGUUUGAAUAUCCAUGGAUGGAGAGAGGAAUUCCGGGACCGUUAUCUCCGCUCGGAAGUUCGGCGCGUGUUCAGCCCGGAUGCCGCCCCAUGGGACCUUGUAAACGACACGGCCGAUGACCGCCUCCCUUUCACCCUUUCCGCCGCCUGGGUUACCCCAGAGGCGGACGAUUCCGCUCCCGAAUCACUCCCUACCCCUCACCCCCGACCCAUACACGACCCAAAUCCCGAGACAAACGCCACGGCGAUCGAUACUUCCCACGACUACUUCCCCGAAUUAACUCGCCCGUCCAACAUCCCCAACCCAAUCACCGUGACCUCCACCACCACCCUAACCACCUCAAACCUUACAAUCAUCUCCGCCCCGAAUCCCAUUCCCGCUCACCCCCAAAUCCAAGAAACAGAGAUCCAAACUCAGCACUGCCAGAGUUGCACCUGCCAAACCUCGACCCCACCACGCUACCCCCACGAUCCAACCCCUAUUUCCAAUCUGUCCAUGAUGCCCCCGCCUCACGCUGAACCCUCCUUAUCUAGCACCAACCCAUUCCGCCCCCCGUCCAGUAUUCCCCAAGAUACUUUCUACCACCCCCUCGACGAGGGCCGCGCAUGCGGACUUUUUCGCAUAUGGCAGAUUGCCUUCGCGGGAAACCCCGACGAGGACGGGGAGGAAUUUUUAGAAACCCUGGCCGAAUGCGCAACCGGCCAAAACUUGACCCAAACGGAAAUCCUCCGUGUACUUCCCUUUGUCCUCACCGGAUCGGCGCGAGCGUGGGCGCAAGAACAACCGCGGAAAUGGUCAAAUUAUAAUGAGUUCUUGAGAGCCUUCCGCCUCCGGUAUGUCCCCAAUAAUUACCAGACCCGUUCAAUCAGACCCGUAGCCGAUCACUCACCACCUUCCUCACCUCCUUCACCAAAACGCCGUAAAGCCCUUCCUAAAUCCGACACCCCUCCUACGACACUCCCAAGGCCCCGGAAGACACUUUUCGGGCCGCAUACCUCUCCCACUCCAUCUAUAUCGCCCCGGAAACAACCCCUAAAAACUAAUGGUUCCGCCCCUCCCCGAUCGUCCUCCCCUUUCCAUACUUCUAACGCCUCUCCCACCCUCACGGUUACUGAAAUCCCCCCCUUAAUGUCCCUCCAAAUCACACCCCCACCUCCCGGAUCCCGCAGCCACCGAAUCCCAUCCCUAAUGUCCCUCAAAAUCCCCACGCCCCCGUCCCUCCGAAAGAUCCGAACGCCUUCUUCUCCAAUUUCCCCCCGAUAAUCCCCUAGCCCUAAUCCCGCUUCCCAAUGAUCCCUACCCCAUAGCAACCUAACAGAAUUUCCUACCUUCUCAAAAAUUUUUAGGCACGAAUCAAACAG